UAUUUUCUAAGUUGACACGUUCUGAACAAAUGCUGCUUUUGGUUCUCGUCAAGACAGCAGCGUGCGGAAUCCAAGCCGCUUGACGAUGACACUGACGAUCUCUAGCUUGAACAUAGGCCAAUAACCUUACAUGUGAUACUAGCAUUCACAUGCUCUCACAUCAUCGUCUUUCAUUCAUUUACACACUCUAUUUUACUCACUUGAGAAGCUAGGAAUAAUAUACAGAUACCGGGGAUAAUCAAGCGACACUCACUCAACGCUUCUGGGCUUAUUUAGCUUGCACCUCGGUUCGAUCUUCUUCACUCAUUCAUACUUCGUUUAUUACUCACAAUACCAAUAAUCGCAAUGGCAUCGCCUUCGCUCCCCGACAGCUAUGCAACCCUCAACCUCCCAACCCUGCAGCUCUUCCAUCAUCCUCCCUCUUCCAAAGAAGUCACACAUGUCAUAGUCAUAAAGCUUCACCGUCCUGAAGCCCGUAAUGCAUUCACCGACACAAUGGCGGCUUCGCUCUCCCAUGCGCUCAACACACUCUCCGUUGAUCCUCGCGUUCGCGCUAUAGUUCUCACUUCGUCGGAUCCAAAGAACCGCAUGUACUGCGCAGGCAUGGACUUCAAUGAGGAGCAUGCGCUGGGGAAAGACGCCGCUGAUCAUCGCGACUCGGGUGGUAUUGUCACUUUACCUAUGUAUCGCUGCAACAAGCCUGUUAUCGUCGCUAUCAAUGGCUCUGCUGUUGGCGUGGGUAUCACAAUGACUCUCGGCGCCAACAUCCGCGUUGUGAGCCGCGACGCCCAGAUUGGCUUUGUGUUUGGUCGCCGUGGUUUCAGCAUGGAGGCAUGCAGCAGCUUCUUCCUCCCACGCCUCAUAGGAACCAGCCGUGCACUUCACCUCACCACCACUGGCGCUGUCUACCCUGCCACUCACAAGCUCUUUGACGGUCUCUUCAGUGAGAUUGUCGCACCUGAAGAGGUUCUUCCCACAGCGCUCAGGAUCGCGGAUGAGAUAGCGACCAAUGUAAGUGGUGUUUCUGCGCGAGUAAUGAAGGACAUGAUCUACAGGGGAGCCUCGUCGCCUGAGGAGGCGCAUUUACUUGAGAGCAAGAUAUUUUGGGACUUGUUCACAGGUAAGGAUGCGAAAGAGGGAAUGAAUAGCUUCUUGGAGAAGAGGAAGCCGGAUUUUACGGGGACUAUGGACAAGAAUGCGCCCAAAAUCUACCCUUGGUGGACGCCUGUUGAUAUUGCCAGGCCAAAGCUGUAGUGAUUCAUUGCUGGAAAUGCGUCUAUUGCUGUAUUUUAUGGUCACUUUGCUAUCUAUGCCUUACGAAUUGUACUCCGUUUGUUUUGGUGUAAACUCGUCACCAAACUUCUACAGAAUACUGCAUCGUGAUACCCAUAAAUCCAUUUCUCCUCAUCCCUUAGUGAGACACAUAUCUGCAUUCAUCUUCAACAAUAAGGUUCUGUCUCAUAACCCCAGAUUAAUGUCUC